AUGGAGGGUAGAAGAGAAGAGGGUAUAAGGAAAGGGCCAUGGAAAGCAGAGGAAGAUGAAGUUCUGUUAAACCAUGUGAAGAAGUGUGGCCCAAGAGACUGGAGCUCCAUUCGAUCCAAAGGCCUCUUGCAGAGGACUGGCAAGUCUUGCCGUCUCCGUUGGGUCAAUAAGCUUAGACCCAACUUGAAGAAUGGGUGCAAAUUCUCACUAGAGGAGGAGAGGUUGGUGAUAGACUUACAAGCACAAUUUGGGAACAAAUGGGCAAGAAUAGCAACCUAUUUGCCUGGGAGGACUGACAAUGAUGUUAAGAAUUUUUGGAGUAGCAGGCAGAAGAGGCUGGCUAGGAUUCUGCAGGCAUCAGCACCCUCCAAGUCACACAAAAACAAAAGGGAAGGCCCUGUUUAUGAUGAGGUUCUGACUUUGGAGGGUCCAAAGUUCAGUUGUUCAUCAGAGGGAGAAUCAUCAUCACAGGCUCAAUCAUGCUCAUCACCACCUUGCUUUGGGAACUCCGAGAUUAUCAAAAUGGUGCCACUACCAGAUCUUGUUAAGCCCAAGUUACUUGCUCUUGAAGCAAACCCUGUUCAACAAGAGCUUGCCCCAACUGAGAAGAAUCCAUGGAUUGAGCCCCAACCACUAAUCCCUUUUCCGCAAAACCCACAACCCCAAACAGACCUAGAAUUCUCAUUAGAAACCCAAGAACUAUUGGCAAGAUUUGACCCCUAUUUCGACUUGUUAACGCCUCUGGUUGCUUCAGAACUUGGAAAUGGAGGAGAACAACUUCUCAUGGAGCCCCCAUUUCUCGAACCGGUAGGAAGUUGUGGAAGUGGUGAAAGGGACAAAAUUGGCAAUCCCAUAACCCCGGACUGUGUCUUCGACGACUUACCGGUAGACAUGUUUGAUCAGAUUGAACAGCUUCCAAACUCAUCAGAGCAGCAUUGAAUGGCAGUAACCUUGUAACUUCAAGUUUGCAUGUAGGAUGUGGAAACUAAACACUAACUUUGUAUUAGUUUCUUUACCUAGAAAAUGACAAGGUCUAACUGGAAUGAUAAUUUAUUGUUACUGCCAUUAUUUGUACUAGACAUUGAACUGCAUAUAAUAGCAAGUCAAGUUGCCUCUGCCAUUCUUUGUCCAACAGGCAUGAUAGUUGCUUCUUCUUAAAGAUAGGUACUAUGCUUGCAUGUUCUGUAACUCAAAACACUUAUAGAACACGAGUAAGAGAACUUUCUUUGAAGGU